GUUCUAACUUCUAAGUAAGUUUUGAAUUUAAUUAAUCUUUCAAGUCAAUUUGGUUUGAUCAAAAUCUUCACUCUUCAGAAUCUCGAAUGAUAUAUGUCUCUCUGGGUUUGUGCUGCACCUGCAUCUUCUACUUGUGUUCCAACCAUCCCUCGAGAUUCCCUCUUGCAAAAAUCACCUGCUAAAAUUCAAGUAUACUGCUGAAGUUCAUCAGUUUACAGCUACCAGCAUAUACUCUCAGUUGUGAUUGACGGGUCGGGGACACACCUGUGAAUGUUGAUAAGAUGUGCCUUCUUGGCUGCACCUCUGUCUCUGACAUCCAUAAGGUGCUAUCCUUGCCAUUACUGCCUCACUUAAUGUUUUCCAAGAUUGUUCCACAAAUUUAUAGCUCAUUCUCAUUCAUUAGCUUUCCCUUGAUGUACAAUUGGCACACAAGUUUUCUCAAAGUGCCUGUUCUGCUAGCUAACACAUGAUCUGUGUGAAGAUGGUCUAAACACCUUUCUCCUAUAUGUAUAUAGAUAUAAGUACUUUAUAGUAAAUGAUAUAGAGUUGAAGUGUGUUAGAUAUUUUACUACUUUGAAGGUUUCAUAUGGAGAGUAAAUCAAAUAUCUUAAUGGGAAGAUAUGAGUUAGGAAGAUUACUAGGGCAGGGAACCUUUGGAAAGGUUUACUAUGCACGGAGCGCAAUAACUAACCAGGGCGUGGCUAUUAAAAUGAUGGACAAAGAUAAGGUUAUCAAAACCGGGCUAGCUGAUCGAAUCAAGUGCGAGAUAUCUAUUAUGAAACUGGCUAGACAUCCCAAUAUUAUACAGCUUUUUGAGGUUAUGGCCACCAAAAGUAAGAUUUACUUUGUUAUGGAAUAUGCUAAAGGGGGUGAGCUCUUCAACAAGUUGACCAAAGGAAAACUCAAAGAAGCUGUUGCACACAGAUAUUUUAAGCAGCUAAUCAAUGCCGUAGAUUAUUGUCACAGUCGAGGCGUGUACCACCGAGACAUAAAGCCCGAAAACAUUCUAUUGGAUGAAAAUGGGAAUCUGAAGGUUUCUGAUUUCGGGUUAAGUGCUCUCGCGGAAGCCAAGCAGCAAGAUGGCUUGCUCCACACACCUUGUGGCACCCCUGCUUAUGUUGCUCCUGAAGUCAUCAAAAGGAAGGGAUAUGAUGGUGCCAAAACUGAUAUUUGGUCUUGUGGAAUAGUUCUCUUUGUCUUAUUGGCGGGUUAUCUUCCCUUUUACGACUCAAAUUUGAUACAUAUGUAUAGGAAGAUAAGCAAAGCAGAAUUAAAAUGCCCUAAUUGGUUCCCACCAGAAGUAUGCAGGCUACUCAGCGAUAUAUUGGAUCCAAAUCCAGAAACUAGGAUUUCCAUUGCUAAGGUUAAGGAAAGUUAUUGGUUCAAAAACGGACCAAAAGCUAAGAAUAAAACACCUGUAGAGGAAAACAACACCGUCUCUUCUUCAGGUACCAUUAUUUCUGAUCAAAGUGAUGGAGUGGAAGCGAAUGAAGAGCCGGUUGUGCCUGUAAGUAUAAAUGCCUUUGAUAUCAUCUCCCUCUCUGCUGGUUUUGAUCUCUCUAGAUUCUUUGAUGACAAGUUUCAAAAAAGAGAAGCAAGAUUUAGCUCAAAGCUACCUGCAUCGGUCAUCAUCUCUAAGCUGGAAGACAUUGCGAAGCAGCUGAGUUUGAAAAUAAAGAAAAAAGCUGCUGGUUUGUUGAGAUUAGAGGACCUCAAUGAAGGUAGGAAGGGGGUUUUAUCCAUUGAUGCAGAGAUCUUUGAAGUUACUCCUUUCUUCCAUAUGGUGGAAGUGAAAAAAUCAAAUGGAGAUACAUUGGAAUUUCAGAAAAUAUUGAAGGAGGAUAUAAGGCCUGCUCUUCAGGAUAUUGUUUGGGUAUGGCAAAGUGACCAACAACUGCAAUCACAACAGUCAGAACAACAGUUACAAAUACAUGACCAACAGCAACAGCAACAGCAACCACAGUCAUAACACAUUCUCUAUUUUGAGAUAUUGUGGCAAUGGCCUUUUUUUUUAAUUUCAUUUUAGCAUAUAUUGCAUUUCAAACCUCAUUGUAAUUUUUUUUAUGAUUGUAGCUGUGUCACAUUUUCAUGAUAGUAUGACCAGACAGUAGCAUAUCUUUGUGUCAUUCUGCUUGCCAAAGUUGAAGAUCACUUCUCAAUUUUGUUAUAUGAUAGUCUUAUUGAAAUUUUGUUGAUAGUAGAA